GAUAGUGACCAAAUUUCCUUUUUAAGAAGUAAAUGAUGGGAGAGGAGUAGGAAAUUCCAUAGCUUUCCUAGGCUCAGAACUGACUUCAUGCCAGUCCUAAGACAUAAAAUAAAAAAAUGGAAUAUUGCAUGACAUACAUUUAAAAUGUAAAGCAAACAAUUUAAUGUGUUAGUUGAAACUUGUUUUGGCAUAUACUCAACAUUGAUGUGUUUAUCUUGAUGAUUUUAAUUUUGUGUUAUCCAUGGCUAAAAUAAUGAAUUUGCUCUCUGGAAAGGUCCUAGGUGAUAAGUUUUAGAAGACAGAAGCUUUUAUUUUGUUUUGUUUUUGGAAACUAGGUCUCUUGAAUUCAUCCAGGCUAGAAGUAUAUGGCCAUUCAUGGGCUUAAUCCUAAUGUUGAUUGGUAUGAAAGUCUUAACCUGCUCAAUUUUUCCAGUCUGCGUGAAUUUACCCUCUCCUUAGGCAGGUUGAUGGCCUUUUGCUCCUGAGAGCUCACCAUAUUAGUGCCAGACAUAGAGCAGAUACCUAAUUGGUCUUAGCCCUUUUGUAACUUUGAACUCCUAAACUCAUGUAAUCUAUAACCCUCUGCCUCUCCUUAUAGCAGAGUUAAUGGGCAUAGGCCAACAUGCCGAGCCUAUGAAGUCUACUUCAUUGUAUAUAAAAUUUUCUUUUUAUGAAGAUAUAUUAGAAUUUAGUGAAUAUAGAAAUUUUCUUCAGCUACUUUUAGUUUUGUAUUAAAACAAAAUACUAGCACAGUAUUUAUGAAUGUUUUCAUUAAACUUUCGUUAGCAACCUGAAGAAUAUGAUUCACCAUUCUUGAUCAUCUUAAUAUUUACUAUGUGAAGAAAUCCAUUAGGAAAUUAAAUUAUCUUAGCCUUAGGUAAAACAUGAUAGCUCACUUCAAUCGAUAAGUCAGGGAAAGACUAAGGUUGUCUAUUUUUUUAUCUUACUAGUUAGCUGUCAACAGUCAAAGGAAUGAUUCCUGUUGAAACACUUGAAUCUCCUGCCCCUAUCUCAAAUUACAUUGAGAGAUGACAGAUGGAUGCAUAACAGCAGAGGCACAGAAUGACUACAGAAUGGGACAUGAACAAAGCAGAGCCAAAGUCUACUAAGAUAGAGGAAUAUAUCCUCCCACAUAAAAAUAAUAGUUAAUUCUUAAUAAUCAAGUUGGAAGAGACUGCAGAGACCAUGAACUGGAAUCUCCUCUGCAAUAUACCUGACAAGUAGUCAUCUAACCUAUAUACAUUUCAUCAUCUUGUAUUCUGCCACUCUUCUACUACUAAGAUCUUAAAUAUCCUGCCUCUGUCAUUCCAGGAGUUGGCAAACUUAGGGCCAAAGAUAUAUGUUGGGUAAAGGAGGAAAACGGAAGUUUGAUGAGCAUGAAGAUGGGCUGGAAGGCAAAGUUGUGUCUCCUACUGAUGGUCCAUCUAAGGUGUCCUACACCUUACAGCGCCAGACUAUCUUCAACAUUUCCCUUAUGAAACUCUAUAACCACAGGCCACUGACAGAGCCAAGCCUGCAGAAGACAGUUUUAAUUAACAACAUGUUGAGGCGGAUUCAGGAGGAACUCAAACAGGAAGGCAGCUUGAGACCUGUGUUCAUCACCACUUCUCAGCCAGCUGACACGCUGGGGGACGAUUACCGGGAGGCCCAGCCUGCCUUUAGCCAUCUCGCCUCCUCCCCGGCCCACCCCGCCGACUUGGUAAACACUACAUCGUUAGAAUCUUGCCUCACCCCAGCCUCUCUGCUGGAGGACGAUACUUUUUGCACUUCUCAGGCCGUCCAACCCAACGGUCCCACGAAACUUCCACCUCCAACCGUCCAACCAGAAAAGGACAGCUUCUCCUCAGCCUUGGACGAAAUCGAGGAGCUCUGUCCAACACCUACCUCCACUGAGGCAGUAGCAGCGGCAGUAGCGACGAUCGACAGCUCUAAAGGAAACUGCAGCGAGUCUAACGUUCAAAAACCCGAGGGACUCCCAGAGAGCCGAACGACUGACUCAAAACUCAUGGACGCUCUACCUGGAAACUUUGAGAUAACAACUUCCACGGGUUUUCUCACAGACUUGACCUUGGAUGACAUUCUGUUUGCUGACAUAGACACGUCAAUGUAUGACUUUGACCCCUGCACUUCUGCUACGGGGGCAGCCUCCAAAAUGGCUCCUGUUUCUGCAGAUGACCUCCUUAAGACUUUAGCUCCCUAUAGUAGUCAACCAGUUGCCCCAAAUCAGCCUUUCAAAAUGGACCUUACAGAACUGGAUCACAUAAUGGAGGUGCUUGUUGGGUCGUAAAACCUAUUAAAAACCUAGAGACUUUUUUUUCUGUACCAGUAUAUACACAACUUGGUAGUAUUUUCACAACCCUACAGAUUCACAGCACUGUGCAUGCAUCGUCCUUGCUUGCCUUUUCCAGAAAAAAAAGGAUCACACUAGUACUUUUUGCCUCAAGCAGAGUUGGAGUGCCUUCUUCCAUGUAUGACCACUUUUAAUGUGUUUUUAAGUGGUUCCUCAAAGAAGACCUAAUAUCCUGGUAUAGGAAAGAAUACAUAUUGAAGACAAUAUUACUACAUUGUUACUACAAAAAAAAAAAAGUGAAGCACAAGGAAUAAGUUGGGGAAAGCUGUAAAUUGCAUGUGCAUAUUUGUCUAUUUUUUCUAUAAGUUUUAUUGCAAGAGGUAAAAAAUUUAUUAUUUAGAUAAUCUCAGUAUCUUUUUUGGCAUUUUAGCCCUGUGUAGGUUGACUUAGCAAUUCAGCCUUUUGGAGGCAUUAACUACUCCUCUUAAGUGUUGCAUUUACAUGGCUGUUUAGAAACUGCUGCCCAAAUUUAUUUUAUAUUUUUGUACAGAUUCUGCAGUUUAUUAUAUUGUUUUUCUAAAAACAAAUGCUGUUUAUACACACAAAAUAGCUAUUUUGAUAGGAUUUGCUCACAUAGUUCCUGCAUACUUCAAGUGUACAAGAUGCGCUUGUACUUUUAUACAGAGUUGUAAUGUUUUAUAUGUGUAUGGUGCAAAGAGAAAAUCAGAUCAAAUUAAUCUGCAGUUGAUAUCCCUAAAUGCAAACACACAGUGCUUUAAGAAAGGGCCAGGAGAUAUUUCACCCAAGUUUCACAAGUACCAACUCCCUGGUAUAAAAACACCUGUGUACUACUGUGAUUUCUAAACCUAGAGCCAUGUCUACUCAUAAAACUUGUAUUAAGCAGUUGGCAGGAAAUAGCUGUGAAACUUGGGUUCUAAGUGAUAGUUCUCUGUAGCUUUCUCUUUUGAGAGGAAGGCUACUGAAAACUUAGCCUUCAAGUAUGUAUGCCAAGUUACUGUUUUUAAUUUUUUAAAAAUUGAACCCAAAUGUUUCAUUUUAACAUAAUUUUCUCUGUGACUUGAACUUAAUUAGCUUUCUAGAAAAUCAUUACAUCUGACUGAAUUUUAUUAUAAAUCAAUCAUUUUAUGGAAUGAAAAUACCUAUUAAGAGUAAGUUUAUUUUGUUUUUAAUUGCAUUUUUAAAAGGCAUACAUCAUUUAUUGAAUCAUCUUAUACCUUUCUUCUUCCUCCAUUCUCCCCCCUUCCUUGGAGCAUUUGUUCACUCUGUUGAUAAGUGCUGAAAAUGGCAUCUUCAGUAUUACUGCAGUGAAGCUCAUCUCUUAUCUGCACUGGAUGGACUCUAACUUUAAUAUCCAUUGCUGUGGAAACUGGAGUUAGUCACAUUACAUCACUUGGCAUCUCCAGCGCGGUUGGUUUCUUUUAUCAACUGCGUUAACUGCUUUACACUUUAUAGGCCUGUUGUACCAGAAUAUACAAACACAGCUUUCUAUGCAUGUUUCUUCCCUCCCCUCCCAUAACACCUGAGAAGUCUUCGUUACUGCACCAAUAGCGUUUUUAUUCAUUGUGGUGUACAUUUAAUUUAAAAAUGUUUGCAAUGUAUCAUGCCUGUUGCUGAAAUAGUUUAUGGCAUUUUAGGGCUCUCCUCCCUUCUCUCCCCUCCCCUCCUCCUUCCCGCCAUGGUACUUUAGCUGUUGCGUGCAAGUUGCAACCUAUAUUGUUGAAAUGCAUAUGGCUUCUUUAGGAAUAACUUUUAUAUUUAUUUAAGAAAAUUUAAAUUAUGGGGUUUUUUUGUUUUGUUUUGUCAGUUGACAAUAUUCAGUCAUCAGUUCUGCUCGCUUCUUGCCAUGGAUGAAAUUGGGUAUUUUCUGUCUAUUAAAAGGAUAACUUUAUAAAAUGGCACUUUAAACAGGCCAUAGAUAGUCUACAUUGUAAUAUAAUGCACAUGACAAAGCAGGUAAAUUACUCAUAUAAGUAAAAGGUUCAUGUGUAAAAUCCUUCUGGACCCUAGUUUACUUUCAUCCCCAUUAAAUUUUGUUUUAAAAGACUUAUCAACUCAGUAAAGCAGCAAGAAACUAAUAGAAUUGUAGUUUCCUUACAAGCUACCUAAACACCCCUAAUUUUUUUGAUACUUCAGACAAUUAGGCUUUAUUUCUUGGUCGGAUUAGGGACCAUAUUCAGUUGAGAAAAUGGGAAUAGGGUUAUGUUAUUUUGCAUCCCAUCCAGUUGUGAUUGCUCCAUUUUGGCUCUUCUCUUCCUUGUCAAAAAACAAUCCUGCCCUGCCCUCAGAUUCCAAGAUUUGUAUAAUUGGAGAACCUAGGAAAAUAGCCACAAGCUAUACACACACACAGACACACACACACACACACAUAAUGUGUGUGUGUGUGUGUGUCUGUGUGUGUACAAUAGUGCUGAUUGUUCAGAAUAAUAAUAUGGUAAGCAAUUGAUUUACCAUUGUGAAAACUGAUUUACAGCAACUUAGAACAACCACACUUUUGUUGGAUUAGUAAAUUGUGUAUUUAAACAAAUACCAUAUGUUAGGCAAUAGUUCAAAAGAGCACCAUUUUCAAAGCAAUGAAGUAUGUGUUCCCUGAAACUUACUUUAAAAAUCCUUUAUUUAUAAGACAGAGUUAAAAACAGAGAAUGAAUAUACGUGUGUAAAGAUAUGCCUAUACAUAAUAUAUGUGUGUAUAUAUAUGUAUGGAUAUGUAUAGGUGUGUGAAUGUGUGUAUAGGUGCAUAUGUAUUUAUCAACAUAUAUGCAUAUGCACACACACACACACACUUUAAUAAGAAAGAUAAGGGAAAUGAGUGAUCCAUUUUUAAAGGGCUGAACCAUCAAGUUUUAAAUUUUUAUUUUUACAAAAUGUUAUCCCAGAAGGGCAGAAAAAUCUUUAUUGUGGUCUCUAAGCCCAGCUCUGCAGGGACAUACUUGCCGAAGAUUCCAUUCUUCAGCAGUAACAUUUCCUUUUAUAUUCUGGGCAUCAUGAACAGUUCAGAGUCAACAUGCAGUUUGAGGAGCCUUUAUAAAAGACACAUGCCAGGCUUGGGUGGGUGUAGGGGUGGGUGUGGGGGGUGGCAGUGACAUUUAUUGACAAUGAUGUGCAAUGAAGUGACAAGAUGAGAGCAGAAUGAAAAAGCUUUGAAUUUGAAGUGAUUUUUUUUCAUAAGUUAUUUAUUCCUUUUUCUUUGUAAAUAUAUUUAUUUUAUUGUGAAGCUAACAACAUCUGGAUUGUAACAUGUACAGAAUGUAUGGUAGGAAUGUAUUCUCUUGUAGGAAUGUAAAUCUGUAUUAAAAAGGGGAUCAGAGCCAGACUCAGAAAAUGAACUGGGUUCUUUUCAUGGUAUGCACGGUUCACAUUUAUUUUUACUCUUUUCUAAUGUGGGUCUAUUUGAAAUAUGCAAAAGGUAUGGAUGAAGAUUGUUUUAGUCCCCAAAUUUCUAGGAAAAUCCAGCAUUAAAAGGGUCAAUUUUUUAAAAGAUUUUUAAUAGCACUGCUUUCCCUUUAUCAAGGAAGGAGCAACCAAAUUGACAUGCUUGUUCACGCCAAAGGGUCAGAAACAAGUCUCAAAUAUACACCUUGAGUGUCUUUCUCAUUCAUUGUCAGCUCAUGCAUUUAAAUACUGCAUUCCUUUGGAGCAUCCUCACUGCUCUGAAGUAGAAAAAGGAACAUUUCUUGAAGUAAAUAAACUCUAAAAAGCAGUAGUAGAUAUAGUGUUUCAGAUAUUUUUAAAACUUAAAUUUAUGAAUCACCUUUGUGAUAAGCAAUGAAUUAGGAAUUCCCCGGAACACCCUUCUUAUAUGACUAUUGAAAAAUACCAAUCCUCCCCCCCUCCUUUGUGCAGGGGGGGGUCCAGAGGGCAGGUUGUUCUACUGUCUCUUCAUGUCCUGGAUUGCUUCAAAAUGAUUGUUGCAGAUCUGAUCUUUACACUGCCUGCCAAAAUUCAAAUGUUCACAUUCAACAUGUUUUGGAUGAGAAACGGUUAAUUUCCUGCCACACUCGGGUACAUUGAUCCUACCAGAGAGGUUUGUAUGACCUACAUGCUUUCAAAAGGCUUUCGGUGCUUCUUAAAAUUGAAGCUGAAUGACUCUUGAUAAUGAGCCAAUUUAAAAUUUUGCUGAAAACAAUAAAAUUAAUAAAGAUUCUGCACUUUUUUGGGAAAAAAAACUAUUGAAGAUAAAUGUAAUCCAUACAUGUAAACAGCAAAGAUUCUGGAAAAGGUGUAAAUAGUGUGAAAUGUUUGGUGUAUGGCUGUUGAGAAGGGCGUGUUGUCAAAAAGGAGGCUGUAAUUUCCCCCACAGACCUUAGAGCUGUGCCUUUUCUAUGCAAUAUUACAGACAUAUACAUCUGAACCCAGAUUACUGUAUUCACAUGUAGGUAUGGGCUGUAAUCUAAACAAUUGGAUAAAUGUACAUGGAAAUAAGCAGUCUUACUUUUGUAGUUUUAUAUUAUACAAUAAACAGUUAAAAGGA